AUGAUCGCUGAAAUCCCCAAGAACUAUACCCAUUCUCCGUCCUCGUACAAUGGCACGCCGCAUUUGACCAUCAACAAAGAGGCUACCGUCGACCUCGACUCUUCCACUGCCUUCGAAGGUCCUGAGAAGCUCCUAGAAGUAUGGUUUAGUCCGUCGGUUAACCUGUUGCCGGCCACGGCUAGCCCCAAUGGGCUGAAGUCGGUUCCUGCGGAAACAUGGAAGGAGAUGCUUGACCUGGUCAACUGCAAGGUUCUCUCCAUUGUCGAGUCGCCCGACGUAGAUGCCUACCUCCUUUCGGAGUCGAGCAUGUUUGUCUGGAAGCACAAGCUGGUCCUAAAGACGUGUGGUACUACCACUCUGCUGUACGGCCUUCCCCGCAUGCUGGAAAUCGCGCUCAAAGACGCUGGCUUCCCCGGCAUCCAGGCCGAUUUGGUCAAGAGCGUCCAAGCCUCUGCUACUCCGUACCGCGUCUUCUACAGCCGCAAGAACUUUCUUUUCCCAAACCAGCAGCGCGGGCCCCACCGCAGCUGGCGCGAUGAGGUCAAAUAUCUGGACAAGAUGUUCCUUGGUGGCAGCGCCUACAUGAUCGGCAAGAUGAACGGAGAGCACUGGUACUUGUACAUCACCGGCCCUGACACUCGCCUUACCCCGCCGACUUCGCCGGAAAGCGAGCGUCACCCCGAGACCGAGACAAAGUGCCUGAAUGUUCCGCGGCGGGGGAUGGUGGCUGGUAUGGCCACUGAUGAGGCGCAGGACGAGACUCUGGAAGUAUUGAUGACCGAUCUUGACGAGGAGAACGCCCGGCAGUUCUACCUCGAGGACGCGAGUGCGGUCGCGGAAGGUCGCUACUUCCAGAAGGCCCGUGAGGCGCGCAAGAGUGCUAUCAAGAGCCUUGGUGUUAUCCAUGAGGAUGGCUCGGCCGAGUCCAGCCUGGCGGGCAGCACCCUUCUCAACGGAUCCAACAACGACAGCUUUGAUGUCUUUGAGCAGACUUCGUCUGACCACAGUGGGUUCCAUUCGGACACGUCGGACGACGAUCUGACCUUCCCCGAGGAGCUCACGACCGAGGGACACACGCUUGGAACGGUUGUGUCGGAGUCUUGCGGGCUUUCGGAUGUCUAUCCGACAAGCAAGUACCCCGACGCGCGGGUUGACGCCUACCUGUUCACUCCUUGCGGCUUCUCGGCCAACGGCGUCAUCCCUGCUCCUGGUGGCCCUGACGGAACGGAUGCCACGCACUACUUUACCGUCCACGUUACACCGGAGCCGGUAUGCUCGUACGCCUCGUUCGAGACCAACGUGCCGGCGCGUCAGAGCGGUCGUGAGACUGCCGACAUUGUGGAGCAAGUGGUCAAGAUCUUCCAGCCCGGGCGUUUCAGCGUCACGCUCUUCGAGGCUAAGCCUUAUGGAGAUGAUAGUCUCGCAUCGGCUGCUAAGCGUAGCGCUCGCAUGGACAACAUCAAGGACUACAAGAGGGUUGACCGGGUCAUCCACGACCUUGAUGGGUAUGACCUUGUCUUCCGUUACUACGAGCGCUUUGAUUGGAAGGGUGGGGCUCCCAGGCUCGGAGAGAUUGGAUGCUAA